GACGUGUUUUGCACUCCUUGCCAAGGGUUGAACGCUGUCCCAGUGCGGAAAAGUGCAACUCUGGUGAACAUGGCGGACAAUCAGGCGCUUCCAGUAUUUGUAGGAAUAAGCUUCGGUACUCUUUAUUCCUCCGUGGCGAUUAUCGGCAAGGACGGUUGGGGGGAAACCAUUGCCAACGAAGAUGGGGACCGAAACAUCCCGUCGUACUAUGCUUUCACUGGGCAUGGCGAGGAGCUGGCAGGGUCGCAAGCAAAAGUCCAGGCUAUAUCCAAUCCCACUGGAACGAUAGUGCAAUUUCGGAACCUCUUGGGCAAAAAGUUCGACGACGAGGAGGUACAAGAGCACUCGCGAAAUCUCCUAAUGUCCAUUGUUCCAUCCCCGAUAGACUCUACCUUACCCACGUACGAAGUGGAGACCUCGUCGGAUCUUGAAGCCGACGAGCCCAAAAAGGAAUAUCAUACCGUCAAUGCCGUGACUGCAAAGUACUUGCGCAAACUUAAGGAAACUGCGGAGAAUUUUCUGGGGAAGCUUGUUGAGGGAUGCGUAAUCUCGACGCCUAUUCAUUUCGAGGAAGUGCAGCGGGUUGCUCUAAUUAACGCCGCACAAGAUGCGGGAUUUGCCAAAGUUUUCACUAUCCAUGAACCAAUCGCGGCAGCUAUUGCUUUUGAUAUCGCGCAACAGUACCGCGGAGGUUCUUCAAAACGGGAUAAGCUGGUAGUAGUACUCGAUCUUGGCGGACAUCAAUUCAAUGUGACGCUGCUCUCCGCCAAUGACGGAUUGUACACCGUGGUCAAGUCUGUGGAAGACCCGCAGCUAGGUGGUGUCCAUUUUGAUGAGAUCUUGAUGGACUUUGUACAACAAGAAUUCCGUCGGAAAACCAAGCUGGAUAUUUCCGGCAACAGGCGGGCUCGUGCGAAGCUGCAGAAGGCUUGUGAGCAAACUAAACGAGCGCUAACUCGGCAAGACAAUGCUCCAUGUUCAGUGGAAAGUCUAUAUGAGGGCAUGGACUAUCACGGUACCGUGCCCCGUGGUCGAUUUGAAAUGUUGGCUGAACCACUAUACGCUCGAUGCGUAGAUGUGAUUAAAAGGUCGUUGUCGGAGGCGGGAGUUGGGGUAGAGGAAAUUGAUGAGGUACUACUGGUUGGCGGAGCAAGCCGGAUGCCCCGGUUCCAGACAGUUGCGAAAGGUGUUUUUCCGUCUGCGAAUCUUCGUAUGGAUGUCGAGCCUGACGAGGCCAUUUCGCGUGGAUGUGCCACCCAGGCAGCCAUAAUCUUGUCAACACCUCCGAACAUCGACUACGCUUCGUCCGCAAACAGCCAUGACGUUGUCAAUUGCAUGCAUUUGAGUCAAAGUCUUGGCCUGGAGCUACCAGAUGGGGCAUUUUUGGCCAUAAUACCGAAAAGAGUCCCCAUUCCUGCGCGUCGUACAAUGUCGUUCGGGGUACAAAAUGGACAGCGCGAAUUACUACUUUCUGUCUACGAGGGAGACCAUGCGGUGGCGAAGGAGAACGUAUUAGUUGCGGAGGUGGUUCUAGCGGACUUGCCCGAAGACAUGCCUAUAGGGCAAGCCUCUGUCGAUGUCACAUUCACUGUGGAGAAAGGAGGUGCAUUUACAGUUGUCGCGAAAGAAUCUACCAAGGGGACAAUUGUGAAGGCCAAAGUGCGUCAACACAGUCAGAGAUGAUAUUGAUGCCGUUUUCCACAUAAACAAUUGUUUAUAUAGAGCAAGGGAAUAAUGUAAUUUUAAGGAGUUUAUGCAAAUCAAAUGACACGACGAAGGGUGUCUCAGCUAAUAUAUACAUAUCGAUCGCGCGUAUGUGGGACCCGAUCAACUGGCAAGUGCAACAGUAUAGGUUAGCCGCCUGUCCUUGAAUGCAUGCUGCUAAUAGGCUCGCCUUACUGUAUUGCUUCUCAAUAAGCUGUUCAAUGCAUCUUUUAAUAACCGGG